GUUUGCGUUCUUCGUUAUUUCCCGUGUAUAAAGGAGGCAGAGGGGGUAACAGCCGAAGAAAAUGGAAAAUUUGGAGGAGGUGCUGCAGGCGCUCGACGAAUUUCAGAAAAUGCGACCGAGUGAGAUACCCCGGGAGCUGGAGGACUAUUUGUGUUGGGUCGCGAAAACCGGUGAUCCGGUUUACCAGUGGUCACUGAUCAAAACACUCUUCAGGGAGAAGCUCACCCGUGUGAUGACCGAUUUCUACGAGAGCUGUCCAACCCUGGAACUCGCGCCCUGUCCCAACGUCGAGCAUUUUAACUAUGACACCAUGAAGAGCAAUCUUUUGGAACGAUUGGAGUCAUUCGCGAACGCACCGUUCACUGUCCAACGAAUUUGUGAACUGCUGACAGCACCACGUAAGGAAUACAACAGGGUUGACAAAUUUAUGCGUGCCAUAGAAAAGAAUAUCUUGGUUGUUUCCACCAGAGAACCAGGACCGAUCGCGAGGAGGAACGAAAACGGGGACGGUAUGGUCAACGGAUCCGUCGACGAAGAUGCCUCUACCACGCAACCGCCUGACGUGGAAAUGGAGUAUUGGGAGAAGGACUGCCCUUCUACUGUUACAAUUAGUGUACAUACCGUUGAAAAUGAAGCAUCUAUAUUGCACACCGUCGUACCAACUACGGGUGUUGUAAAAAAUAUAUUUGGCUCUGAUGAAGCCUCUCAGGAAAAAGCCGAGUCAACAUCCCCUAAGGUGGAUAGUGCUGAAUCUAAUUUUAUACCAACCACUUCGGAGUUUUCCGGUGUUCCAAAUUUAACGUCUCAAACACAAAGUCAAGAGCCACAAAUAGGACCUACUAUACAAAAUCUGACAACCAUAGUUCCUGAAACCUCUGCGAUCACAGGCGAUGUUCCAGAAGGUAUAAUGAAUGAGGAUACCAGUUCUCAACCUAGUUUAGACUUAGAGAAUGAAGACGAGGAUGGCGCGGACUCUACAAGGAAGUUACAAACAACUUUUCAAACAAAGGACUUUGGAUCAAGUGAAAACAAAGUAUCAAAAUAUUAUUCAGAUAAUUCUAAGGUAAAUGAAAAGACAAAAGUAGGACCAACGCAUAUACAAGAAGAAUCAAAUAAAGUUAAUGAUACAUUGGUUAAGGAUGAUGUGGAAUCCAAAGCACCGUUAAACAAUAAAGAGGUCAUCGAUCCAGCAGUUGAUAAUCUUUUAAAUUCUUCUGAUGCAACUUUGGAGGACACUGCAAAGUUGGAAGAUACAGUGAUAGAAAAUACACAAACAAUUAUCGAUACACCUGAUACAAACACGGAUGAAAAAAAAUCUCUACCUUCAGAUAAUACCAAUACAGGAGAUACAUUGUCAAUGAACAAUUCAAAUAAACUUAUGGACUCUUUACAGUUAUCCACUGGUGAGGCGAUGCCAGUUGAAACUUCAGCUGUAAGUACAUCUGAAGAUAUAUCUUUGGAAGCAAAAAGUAUGAAGGAUGAAAGUAGAAAAGCAGAACUAGUGGAGGAGUUAAAACCUGUAACAGAAGAGUUAUGUCCUAAAGACAAUAUCGUGGAAAAUUUCAGUGAAAACUUAGAGAAGGAGAGUGUAACCAUAACAGAAACUACGGAAGACGAGCCCAAAGUAAUUAAAUCUAUAGUACCUGAACCAAUCCCUAGUACGGAAGAACCACAAGACACAGAAACUGUCAGUACAAAAGAGGAAGUCAAAAUGUCUGUUGAAAGUAACAGUAUAACAGAAUUGCAAGGUAAUAUUAUAGCUACUAUCUCAUCUAAAGAAGAAGACAGUGAUACAGUGAUGGAAACUGUUACAAGUAAAAAAGAGCAAGAUGCAGUAGAAUUAAUGGAAGUAGAUGAUGAAGAAACAUCAUCAAUGUUUCAACAAGACGAUGAACCAAUGGAACAAGAAACAGCUCAUACAUCUCAAAGUUAAUAACGUUUAAGAUGGUCAGGUUGCUUUUAAUGCUCGAUUUUUAUUUUAACAAGAAACAUUAAAGAAA